GAUAUUUCAUAAGAAAACUUCUCAAAUGCUUCAAAAUUUCCCCAAAAUCUGAACUUAAAUCCGGUUUUAAACCCUUGAUUUCGUCUCAAGCUUCCAACUUUCGGAUUCAGAUUGCAUGGCUAAAGUUGCAAGUGUGGAAAAAGAUGCAGAUCACUUUACUGAUGAAAUGCCAACAAAGUUUUCCAACUUGAGCAUUGAGGAAGAAGAGAUCAUGAAUAAGGAAUGGAGAUUGGGAGUCAUGGAGGAAAAGAUCCUUGCUCAGGAUGUUGAUGAGUCCAUGAUAUGGAGCUAUGGAGUAAAGAAAUCUUCUGAAUAUUUGUGUGUUGUGGAUGAAGUGAGAAAAUUCACUGAAAGCUCAGGGAGCAGUAAUGAAUUUUUAGACCGAGCUCAUUGUUUGCUUCAAAUGGCAAUGGCAAGGCUUGAGGAGGAGUUCAUCUAUCUUCUUGUUCACAAUGAGCAACUUGUUGAGCCCGGCCUCAUGUCUUUCCCUUCAUCGGAAGAAGGCUCUGUGGAUGAGUACUCUUGUAGUUCUCUUGAAGAGGAACAGAUCGAGGGUAGGAUUCGGAGUGAGAGUAGUAUUCAUGCGGAGGAUUUUGUCAUUAAUUUAGUUGAUCCUGGUGCUGUUUUUGAUCUUAAAUGCAUUGCCGGGAUGAUGCUAAUUUGCAACUAUGACAUGGAAUGCUGCCGGGCUUAUGUUAAUAUCCGAAAGCAAGCAUUGGAUGAGUGUCUUUCGGCUCUUUGCAUGGAGAAAUGGAGUAUUGAAGAAAUCCUACAAAUGCACUGGAGAGUGUUAAAUAAAAAAAUCAAGAGGUGGAACCAAGCUAUGAAAGUUUUCGUCCGGGUUUAUCUUACCAGUGAAAGACAUCUCUGCAAUGUUGUUCUUGGAGAUUAUUCGACAUCAGUGAGGGAGCGUUGUUUUGUUGAAAUAUCAAAGGUUUCGAUCUUACGAUUACUUAAUUUUGCUGAGGCAAUUGCAAUUGGAACUCCAAAGCUAGAGAAAAUUUUCCGUAUUCUUGACAUGUAUGAAUGUUUAACUGAUCUUCUGCCAGAUGUAGAGUCUAUGUUCCCUGAAGAGUCUUGUUCUUCUAUCUUGACUGAAUGCCAUGAUGUUGUGUCGAGAUUGGGUGAAACUAUUAGAGUGAUCUUCAAAGAGUUCAAGAAUGCCAUUCGAAACAAUAGAUCAAAGAAUGCACUUGUCGGAGGUGGAGUGCACCCUAUCACAAAAUAUGUGAUGAAUUACAUCAAGACUCUUGGGGAUUAUAGCAGUACACUUGAACCACUUCUUGACAAUCAAAAGGAGCAAACAGGUUCUUUUCAUGUAACACCAUUGUCUCAUCAUCUCCUAUCUAUUGUAUCAAUUCUCGAAUCAAACCUUAACACAAGGUCCAUGCUAUACAAGGAUGCUGCAUUGCAGAAUAUAUUUCUGAUGAAUAACAUUUAUUACAUGUUUCAAAAGGUUAAGGAUUCUGAACUUCGAACGUUCUUCAACGACAACUGGAUCAAGGAAACCAAAAGGAAGUUCAGGAAUUACGAAAUGCGUUACGAGAGAGCGUCAUGGCCUUCAGUGCUGUCUUUCUUGAAGGAUGAGGGGGGUUCGACACCUUCAAAUAGUGUACUCAAAGAUAAAUUCAAACACUUCAACCUCGCAUUCGAAGAGGUUUACAGAAAUCAAACAGCAUGGUUGGUACCUGCAGUUGAACUUCGCGAGGAUCUUAGAAUUUCAGUAUCACAUAUCCUUCUACAAGCUUACCGAACAUUCAUUGGUCGAUAUUCGAGCCAACUUGAUGGUGUGAGGCACAGAAACAAGUACAUCAAAUACUCUGCAGAUGAUCUUGCAGCUUACAUUCUUGAUUUGUUCGAAGGAUCACCGAAAUCACUUCAUUAGCCACUGUCAUUUUGCUGCAGAAUAAUGUUUUUGAACUUGUUCAUUCAUUGUGUAUUUAGGAUAUUUCAGUAACUUAGAUUUACAGUUAUUUCUGUUAACCACUGGUUGUAAUGGAUUUGUAGCAAAAUUUUUAUUUGGUGAAUAUACAUCAUGGUAAUGUUUGAUCA